AUGAAUAUUAACGAUCUAAUGCCAACACACGUUCCACGGAAUAAGAAUAUGAUAGUGAGACUUGUGAAAAAUGGAAUUAAUGCGAGUAUUCAAUUAAUAGGUGUCAUGAUGGCUCUAGUGGGUGCAAACCUUAUCACAUCUUAUUUAACUCCUGUUCCUGUUGAACAACAACAACAGCUUUUCUUUUCGGUUACAGCUGUCUAUCAAUUACCUGGUCUGGUCUGGUCUGAAGCGAAAACAGCGGUGGUGCCAUCAACAACAAAACCAGAAACAUCUACAUCGACGGUAAAACCAGAAUCAUCGACAACAACGACAGUGAAAACGGAAACAUCGACCACGACAGUGAAACCAGAAACACCAGCAACAACAUCCACCACCAGCGAUAUAUGGAAUCCUAUGCCCUUGAAUUCAGAAUCGAAAACAACAGUGGUGCCAUCGACAACAAAACUUGAGACAUCUACAUCGAUGGUAAAACCAGAAUCAUCGACAACAACGAUAGUGAAAACGGAAACAUCGACCACGACAGUGAAACGAGAAACACCGGCAACAACAUCCACCACCAGCGAUAUAUGGAACCCUAUGCCUUGA